AUGAGCUCUGUUGCAGUUAACCCUUCCCUCGGGCUGCGUUUUGCCAUCAGAUCCGCGGCUCCCCUGCACCCGUGUGUGCUGGCGGAGAAGCGGAACCUGGGCGGCAAGGACGGGCCCCCGCACCUCGUGGCCGUGGUGCCGCUGCACGGGGCGGCCGCGGUGCCCGACGCCCUCCGCCUCCUGCAGAGCCAGGACGGGGCCGCCGUGCGCAGCAGCGACGGGGGAGCCGCGGGCUUCGUGCUGCUCUGUCCCCGGCUCAAGCAGCGCUGGCGCUUCGUGGUCGCGCAGGCGGGGGAUCUUCACGCUGUCCUGGACCUGGCGAAGGUUGCGGAUUCCCUCCUGUUCCUCUUGGAUCCUGUGGAGGGCUGGGACAGCGUGGGGGAGCGCUGCCUCUCCUGCCUCUUCGCACAGGGGCUCCCCAGCUUUGCUCUCGCCGUCCCAGGGGGCACCGACUUGCCCCCAAAGAAACGUCUGGACGCUAAGAAGAAGCUCGCCAAGGCUGUUGAGAAGCGUUUUCCGGAGGCCAAGCUCUUCCCGCUGAACGCGGAGCCGGAGUCCUCGCUGCUGCUGCGGCACCUGGCCGCGCAGAGGCAGCGCCGCGGCGCCUUCCGCGCCCGCCGCGCUCACCUGCUGGCCUACGCCGCCCACUUCGUGCCCGGCCACGAGAGCCCCCUGCUCGGCACCCUGAAGGUGUCCGGCUUUGUGCGGGGCCAGGCGCUGAGCGUGAACAGCCUGGUGCAUAUUGUGGGACACGGAGACUUCCAGAUGAGCCAGGUGGAGGCCCCCCCGGACCCUCUCUCUUUGAAUCCCCGCGUGGUUAAAGGCCAGAAGCGGAGUCAGGACAUGGAUAUACAGGAUGAUUCUCUGAACGGUGCUGAUGAGAUGGAGGAGGACGUGAAGGUCCUGAUGAAGGCAGAUGCCAGCAAGCAGGAGUCUUUGCAGUCAGAAGUGGUCCCAGAUCCCAUGGAAGGGGAGCAGACGUGGCCGACCGAUGAGGAACUGAAAGAAGCAGAGGCUUCGCUGAAGGCCAACAGGAAGGUGGUGAAGGUUCCCAAGGGCACAUCCAAGUACCAGGCAGCCUGGAUUGUAGAUGAGGAAGAGGACGCUGAGGAAGAUGAGGAGGAAGAGGAAGAUGAUGACAUGGAUGAUAUGAUGGAAGAGGCAGCUUCCCAGGAGGAGGAAGGCAGCGAGGAGGAAGAGGAGCUGGCGGAGGAGGAAUGCGAGACCAUGACUGUGUCCGAGUGCGUGCGCGACGAGCACUACGAUGAGAAGAUGGAGGAGGACGAGGAGCAGAUGCUGGAGAGAUACAAACAGGAGCGAAUGGACGAAAUGUUUCCGGAUGAGGUGGACACGCCGCGUGACGUGCCGGCCCGUGUCAGGUUUCAGAAGUAUAGAGGGCUCAAGAGUUUCAGGACUUCUCCAUGGGACCCCAAAGAGAAUCUCCCAAGGGACUAUGCCAGGAUUUUUCAGUUCCAGGACUUCUCCCGAACUAGAAAGCACAUCUUCCGGCAGAUAGAGAAAGAGGAGGCUGAAGGGGCUUCGGUGGGCUGGUACGUUACGCUUCACGUCUGCAACGUGCCUGUCUCGGUGAUGGAGAGCUUCAGGGACGGGCGGCCGCUCGUCCUGUUCACGCUGCUUCCUCACGAGCAGAAGAUGUCAGUGCUGAAUUUCCUGGUGCGGCGGCAUCCGAGCAACAACGAGCCGGUGAAGGCAAAGGAGGAGCUGAUCUUUCACUGCGGGUUCCGACGCUUCCGAGCUUCUCCCCUGUUUUCCCAGCACACGUCAGCUGACAAGCACAAGCUGGAGCGUUUUCUGCGGCCCGAUGCUGCUCUCGUGGUGACUGUUUAUGCUCCUAUCACUUUCCCUCCUGCCUCAGUACUUCUUUUUAAGCAGAGAAGCAACGGUAAGUUGGUGAACGUUGCCACGGGCUCUCUGCUCGCCGUGGACCCCGACAGAAUCGUCAUCAAGCGGCUGGUGCUCAGCGGCCACCCCUUCAAGAUCUUUACCAAGACAGCUGUAGUGCGAUACAUGUUUUUUAACAGAGAGGAUGUGAUGUGGUUUAAGCCAGUGGAGUUGAGAACUAAGUGGGGUCGGAGGGGACAUAUCAAGGAGCCAUUGGGAACCCAUGGUCACAUGAAGUGUCACUUCGAUGGACAGCUAAAAUCCCAGGACACGGUGCUAAAACGUGUUUUUCCCAAAUGGACUUAUGACCCCUAUGUUCCGGAGCCUGUGCCGUGGGUGAGGGAUGAGACGGUGCCCCUGGCACAGGACGUGGAGCUGGACUAAGUCUCGAGGCCCAGACGGCUCCCGCAGUUCGUGCCUUUG